AUGAUUGUUCCAUUCAUGCGACAUCGGCCAAAGAGCUGGGAUCGAGACUGUGCGUUGAAGAGAUACAUUGAUGAUAGUAUGAGCUCAACACAAGGAAACAUCUUCACACGAGGCCUCUCACGAAUUUCGAGGCGGAAGAAAAAGACGAAAAGUAUACAGAAUUCGCUGGUCACCGAACAACAACCGUCGUUCGAUGCGGCUGUUGUUCCAAUGCCCAAUGAGAAAAGCACAAUAUUCUCAAAAGGGAUGGACCGACUGCGAAAAUCGUUGCGGCUGCCGAAAAAGCGACGAGAUAGGAGUCAUGAUAGGCAUUUGAGUCCAGAUGUCACGGGCGGCUCGAAAACAGAACAAUGGCAGCCAGACGAAGGCGCGGUACGAAGUGGAACGUGCUGCUUCAAUGUGAAGUACCUGGGAGCCGUGGAGGUCUACGAGUCACGAGGGAUGACAGUCUGUGAAGGAGCCCUAAAAUCUCUGAAAGCAACUAGAAGAAAACCUGUAAAAGCUGUGUUAUACGUGUCUGGAGAUGGUCUUCGUGUCGUGGAUCAGGGCAAUUCUCGAGGACUGUUAGUGGAUCAGACUAUAGAGAAAGUGUCGUUUUGUGCACCGGAUCGGCAGACGGACAAGGGGUUCGCCUAUAUUUGUAGGGAUGGCGCGUCGAGGAGAUGGAUGUGUCAUGGAUUUUUGGCUACCAAGGAGACGGGUGAACGCCUAUCCCACGCCGUCGGCUGUGCCUUCUCGAUUUGUCUGGAAAAGAAAAAGAAGCGAGACGAAGAAUCAACGCCACAAGGUGCUGGAGAGUUUUCUGGAACCCCUGCCACGUCAUCAUCCAACAACGUCGACGUUUUCCAUCCCAACUGGGGAGAUUCUGGCAUCGAGGGACCUUCCUCCGCCACCAAUACACCUACGCUGUCAUCUGGAGCACCGGCUUCAAGAUCCAACCUAGCCUAUCAAUCAUUCCGGAAACACGUGUCCAUCGAGGAUCGCUAUCUGGAUCCGCAGUCAGUGAUUAUUAAUGAGGUGCCAGCGUCGAGCCAUCUGGAUGAGAUCAAGAGGAUAUCGAAACCAAGGCCCAGUGGGAAUCCAGCGCUGUUUCAGAGACAGGGCUCCCUUCGCGCACCAGACAUGCCUUCAUCAACCGAUCAAUUCAAGCGAAACCUCUCGUUGAGGCCAGUAGGAGGUGGUUCUGGAGUCGUUGGGGAGAGAGUUAUAGAGAAAAAGUCCUUCGGCACCCAGCUCUACAACCAACCGAUCUACGAGGGAGACGAGGAUCCUUUAGGACUUGGCAUCGCUCCAUCCGUCCCAACGUCGUCUACUACAGUACUCGCCAAGAAUGGACUAGAUGGAAUCGAUUUGUUGUACAAAGGAGUGCCAGCACCACAGCAUACCGGCCUUGUCGGAGGAGCCAACGGUGACUUUGUGGCGAAUUGGCCCCAAACUCAUACUCAGGCUCAAACUGCUCCACAAAAACCUAUGGGUUUCGGACCCCUGGACAAGCUUCAGAAACAAUUUGAAGACGUCAAACUGAUUAGCACGUCAUCUGGAGAGUCAACACCGACGGCUCGAUCGAAAGCAGAUGAAUGGCUGGACGAUGUGCUUCGAGUGUCGAUGAGCAUGUCUCCAACGUCCCCAACGUCUACAGUAUCGCCUCCAGGAGCUGCUGCCUACUCGACACUUCCAAAAUCGGGACCACCUCCGGCUCAUGCGCCGCCUCCGCUACCUGUCCGACAAGCGGUUUCCAAUGGGGACCCAUCGAUUUAUCAGCAACAGAAUAGUACCCGCAACUCCCCAGCUGGAAUCAAUUGGAACGCAUCGCCUAAUCCAAUUCAAAUGCAACCGAUCGCUCCAAAAGCCGUGGACCCGUUUGAUGUGCAAUGGAGCCGUCUAGAAGUUAACAACGCCAAAGCCAUUUAA